AUGCCAUUGCCAGCCUCACCAAUCUUCACCAUACAUGCCCUUUUCUCCAAAAAAAAAAAAAAAAAGAAAUCCCAGAAGAUUGAUUCCCUGGAAGGGGGAUUAUUGGUGUGUUUUGUAAUGGAGCAAGAUUUGGUUGAAACAGAGAAAAGAAGGAAGAGAGAAAUAAAUAUAGACCCUAGUUUACAGUGGAGCCAAUGGCAACUCCUGGAUUCGAUUCUUCCUACAGGUGGGUUUGCUCAUUCCUUUGGUCUUGAGGCAGCAAUUCAGGCACGUUUAGUCUCAGGCCCUGAUGAUCUCCAAACUUUUGUCAUUCAUUUGUUAGAGAAUACUGGGAGUUUACUCCUCCCUUUUGUUUACUCCGCAACUAUGAACCCUACUUUAGACAACUGGCAGAAACUUGACAGAAUCUUGGAUGCAACUUUAAGCAAUGAAGUGGGUCGAAAGGCAUCAGUUUCACAAGGGUCUUCUCUCAUGCGAGUGGCUGCCUCUGUUUUCACGGAACUUCCAUCACUUAAAUCUAUGAGAGAUGUUUGUAUUGGUUCUGGCGUUGUGUCGUUCCACCAUGCUCCUGUCUUUGGGAUGAUCUGUGGACUUCUAGGGAUGGACAGUGGAACCAGUCAAAGAGCUUAUAUUUUUAUGACUAUGAGAGAUGUGAUUUCAGCUGCUACAAGGUUGAAUUUAGUUGGACCUUUGGGUGCUGCGGUAUUGCAGCAUCGGGUUGCUUAUGUUGCUGAAUCUAUGGUCAAGAAAUGGAUGGACCGUUCGGUUGAGGAUGCUUGCCAAACGGCUCCUCUACUUGAUACCAUUCAAGGUUGCCAUACCUACUUGUUUUCUAGGUUGUUCUGUUCUUAACCUUGUACCUUUGGGUGUAAACUUUUGAAUUUCUCCAUGAAAUUGAGUGUUAUUUUGAUACAGGAAAAUGAUUACAGCAUAUUGUUAAUUGAAUCCCUGGAAUUUUUGUGGCCA